UUAAGUAAAAUUUUAGUUCAACGACAGACUGCUCGGAGCGUUGGCGGUUCAUUUUGAUUCCGGAAUAACUACGCUCUGUAUCAAAUCGUUCCCGCCGCGUGGUCUGUAGUUUGUGGAGUACGGUUGCGGUUUGGUUAUAAAUCCCGCCAUCUCCGCAUCGAAUAGCGAAUUUUGAUAGUAUUACGUAUUUUGUAUGGAACACUAAGGAAAAUGUGAUAAUAUUCAAGGAUUUUGCGUCGUCUGAAUGUUUAGUUCGUUAUCGUUUACGCUGGGACAAUUUAUUAUAGUUUUAUGUCGAAGUGAUUUUGUGGAAGCGUGUUGUGCUGUAAGUACCGAACGUGUUGAAAACAAGAAACGAUGGCAAACGUAUCUGUUGACAAAGACACAUUUUUCCGGCGUAUGAAGCGUCUUUACGCCGCAUGGAAGGAUGGCGAAGUUGGUACAGAUGACAGUUUUAGUAAAAUGGAUUGUCUCGUCUCUGCUGUGGGCACAGAUGAAGAUAUCGUUUAUAGUAAAUCAACAGCAUUGCAGACGUGGCUACUCAGUUAUGAACUUACCGAUACUAUAAUGAUUUUGGCAGAAGAUUCUGUCAACUUUUUGGCUAGUAAAAAGAAAAUUGAGUUUCUAAGAAAGUUAGAGAACCAGAAAACAGAUGAGACUGGGGUGCCUCCUGUAAAACUACUUGUGAGGGACAGGAACGAUGAAGACAAAGCCAAUUUUGCCAAACUUAUCGAGGUUAUAAAACAAAGCAAGAAGGGUAAAACAUUAGGUGUAUUUUCAAAAGAAAAUUAUCCAGGUGCCUUUAUGGAUGCAUGGAGAGCUGCAUUGAAGUCUGAAUCUUUUGAUACGGUUGAUGUGAGUGCAGCAGCUGCGUAUGUAAUGUGCCCAAAAGAGGACGCUGAAAUUCUUACUAUAAAGAAAGCAUGUUUAGUGUCUGUAGACGUUUUUACAAAAUACCUCAAAGAUCAGAUUAUGGAAAUUAUAGAUUCUGAUAAAAAAGUUAAGCAUUCAAAGCUUGCAGAAGGUGUAGAUGCAGCUAUAACAAAUAAGAAGUAUGUAACUGGCGUUGAUGUUACCCAAGUAGAUAUGUGUUAUCCAGCAAUAAUACAAAGUGGUGGAAACUAUUCUCUGAAAUUUAGCGUUGUUAGUGAUAAGAACACUUUACACUUCGGUGUCAUUGUUUGUUCACUUGGAGCACGAUACAAAUCUUACUGUUCUAAUAUAGUCAGAACAUUGUUGGUGAAUCCCACGAAAACAAUUGAGGAUAAUUAUAAUUUCCUUCUACUAUUGGAAGAAGAAAUUUUGAAGAAACUGGUGUCUGGAGUAAAAAUAAGUGAAGUAUACGAAGCAGGUGUGAAAUAUGUGAAAGAUGAGAAACCAAACAUGUUAGAUCAUUUAACUAAAAAUUUUGGAUUUGCCAUGGGUAUUGAAUUUAGAGAAAGCUCCUUACUUAUUGGUCCGAAAACUCAUGCAGUAGUAAAGAAGGGCAUGGUGUUUAAUGUUAAUGUGGGAUUAUCAAAUCUCGCAAAUUCUGAAGCUAACGAAAAAGAAGGAAAGGUUUAUGCUUUAUUUGUUGGUGACACUGUUAUGGUUAAUGAAGGUCAACCAGCUACAAAUUUGACACCAUCAAAGAAGAAGGUGAAAAAUAUUGGUAUAUUUGUAAAGGAUGAAGAGGAAGAAGAGGAAGAAGGAAGUGGAAAAGAAAACGAACCUAAACCCGAGAUUCUUGGUCGUGGUAAAAGGACAGCAGUCAUAGAAUCCAAGUUAAGAACAGAACAUAGUUCAGAAGAGAAAAGAAAACAACAUCAAAAAGAACUGGCGCAACAAUUAAAUGAAGUAGCAAAAGCUCGGUUGGCUCAACAGUCUGGUGGUAAAGAGCAAGAAAAAAUACGAAAAUCGACUGUAUCUUACAAAACCUUGAGUCACAUGCCUCGAGAACCAGAAGUGAAGGAGCUGAAACUAUAUGUUGACAAGAAGUACGAGACAGUAAUUCUACCCAUUUUUGGUAUUCCUGUACCAUUUCACAUAUCUACAAUCAAAAACAUUUCUCAAUCCGUUGAAGGAGAUUAUACUUAUUUGAGAAUUAACUUUUUUCAUCCUGGUGCUACAAUGGGACGUAAUGAAGGUGGUUCUUAUCCACAGCCGGAUGCCACAUUUGUCAAAGAAGUAACAUAUCGAAGUACAAACACCAAAGAGCCCGGUGAAAUUUCAGCACCAUCGUCUAAUUUGAAUACAGCGUUCAGACUGAUCAAAGAAGUCCAAAAGAAAUUUAAAAAUAGAGAAGCAGAAGAAAGGGAAAAAGAGGAUCUAGUGAAGCAAGACACUUUAAUAUUGUCACAAAACAAGGGUAAUCCUAAAUUAAAGGACUUGUACAUUCGACCAAACAUUGUUUCAAAGAGAAUGACAGGAGGUUUAGAAGCUCAUGUCAAUGGUUUCCGUUACACUUCUGUCAGAGGAGAUAAAGUUGACAUUCUUUAUAAUAAUAUUAAGAAUGCCUUCUUCCAACCAUGUGAUGGAGAAAUGAUUAUAUUACUUCAUUUCCACUUAAAACAUGCCAUAAUGUUUGGGAAAAAGAAGCACGUGGAUGUACAGUUUUACACGGAAGUUGGUGAAAUCACCACAGACUUAGGGAAACAUCAACAUAUGCACGACCGUGACGAUCUUGCUGCUGAACAAUCAGAACGAGAACUCAGGCAUAAAUUGAAGACUGCGUUUAAAAGUUUCUGUGAAAAGGUUGAGAGCAUGACCAAACAAGAAAUUGAAUUCGACACGCCGUUCCGAGAAUUGGGAUUCCCUGGCGCUCCAUUUAGGAGUACUGUUCUUUUACAACCCACUAGUGGAUGUUUAGUUAACCUCACAGAGUGGCCUCCGUUCGUUAUCACAUUGGAGGAUGUUGAAUUGGUCCAUUUUGAAAGAGUGCAAUUCCACUUAAAGAACUUUGACAUGAUCUUUGUAUUCAAAGACUAUCAUAGAAAAGUUGCAAUGCUAAAUGCUAUUCCUAUGAACAUGCUGGAUCAUGUAAAGGAAUGGUUAAACUCCUGCGACAUUAGAUACACGGAGGGUGUACAAUCUCUAAAUUGGACAAAGAUUAUGAAAACAAUUACGGAUGACCCUGUUGGUUUCUUUGAUAAUGGCGGUUGGACUUUCUUGGAUCCAGAAAGUGAUGCAGAAAAUGAUGAGGUCGAAGAUGAAGAAGAAGAAGAAGAUGAUGCUUACGAGCCAUCUGAUUUGGACAGUGAAGAGGAAUCCGACGACGAUUCCGAGUAUUCUGAAGCAUCGGAAGACUCUGAUAGCGAAGAAGAACUAGGCAGUUCCGAAGAAUCAGGAAAAGAUUGGUCAGAUUUAGAAAGAGAAGCAGCUGAGGAGGAUAAAGAAAGAGCGGACGAUCAAUUCCACGACGAUUAUCACUCUAGUAAGAAGAAAAAGUCGAACCGAAAACAUUCGCCUUCACCGUCGAAAGACAGGCAUAAUUCGAAACAUAAAAGCUCUUCCGGUAGUAAAGACAAAAGUAAAUCUUCGUCCAGUAGUAAAGAUAAAAAAUCCUCAUCGUCGGACAAGCACAGAUCGGAUCGAUCACGGAGUGGAGGAUCACACAAGAAAGUGUCUCCUUCCAAAUCGUCCAAACACAGUCCUAAGAAGAGCGAUAAACACGACAGACAUAAAUCGAGCCAUUCUUCAUCUAGCAGUAAAAAACGAUCUCGUGAGGACAGUGCUGAAAGAAACGAUAGGGGGUCGAAGAAAUCUAAAAAAUGAAAAAUAUCGACCCAUGCACUGGAGACAAAGCACACGCAAAAACACGAACACCAAGUUGAUUCUACCUAAAGCUUUCUUACUCGUGGUACGUCGAUUAAGUUAUAAGAACAGUACAUUUUCUUGCAUUGACUUGUUUAAAUGAUUGGCAGUCAAUUCGUUAAUAAUGCUAAAAAAUUCAAUGGCGUAACCUUCAACGUAUCUACUAUUCGGCAGCACAAUGCUAGCAAUUCAUACGCGUGAACUUGUCUUCUACUAAUUUCUCGUAAAAUAUAUGAACAUUUAUUUUACAUCCUUGUAACUUGUACAUAAAAGUUUCAUUUAACUAAGAAGAUCAACCUUAAUAAUAUAGCUACUAACACAACAACUUCAUUCCAUUAUUUAAUAACUAGACUACAGAUGUUUAUGGAGAUUAAUAUUUCUAAUAUUUUCACGUUAAAAAAUACAGAAAUUUAAUAGACAAUUGUUCUGCCUGUGGAAGAUGUGUUAAGGCAUAAACGAGAUAAACAAUUGCAUUAAACUCAAUUCAGAUUUUAAAAGUUUAUUUUAAUUAGAUAUAUUUUCUUUUUCUUAUAAACGUAUAGACAUCGGCAGUCUAGUAAUAACUUAUUAUGUUUAUGAAAUUGUAUUAAAGAAUUAAAUGAUAAUCAUUGUACAGAUAGUGUCCGAAACGGAAAAUGUUUCAUCUGUUAUGAUAUUAUUCACUAUCGGAACAGACAUAAAUGUUGAUUCGUGACUACGGUCGCAUGGAGUAACCUGUUGUAGGUACAAUCAUAAUCUGGCCUCAAUGCAAGACAAUGCACUAAUGAUAACCUUCGUACAUAAGAUACCCAGAACGUAGAUGUUAAGUCGCUAAACAGAGAAAGCUGAAACGGAUCAAAAACCUUUGAUAAUUACGUUCGCAUUGUUCUGAGAUUUGUACCUUGGUAAAUGAAAAAUAAAUACUUUUUAAGUUAUUUAUCAUUAAUGUACGAAUAAUUGUCACUCAUCGCGGUGUAAUCGCGAGCAAUUUCAAUGUAUUGUGGAGCUUUAUCGGCAUGAUCUUCAAAAUACAAACAUUUUUAUU